AACAGCCUCCAAGGAGCACCUCUUUAACGUAAAUGGACUAAAGUGUCGUGUGUGAGUGUGUUGUGGUGAAUUGUCAAACAGUGGAUUGACGUUUGUUUAAAGCUGCUAAUAAGAUCUCACAAUGAAGUCCAUACUCCUGGUGCUAACGAGCACGUACUUGGCGACGUGCCUGCCUCCGCCCCACCCGGCCGUGGUGGCGGUGCGACGGCAGGAGGAACAGCUGCCCCCACACCUGAGGAGCCCCACGCUCUGGAACCCUCACCUACAAGAGAUCCUGCCACUCACUAGUCUACUGCAUGAAGGAGAGAGUCCGGUAUUCGAACGAGCAGCGGACAACGUCUCCAGGCAAGAGAUAUACAACAUCCUCACGCACGCGGGAUUCGUCCCACGCCGACCGCGGCCCUUCCAGCCUGAUCCCAACCACAUGCACCAGCGUCGAGUCAAGACUGGUCAACAACACCCAGCUCACCACCAGAACUUCCACCACUACAACCUUCUACAAAACGGUCACCAACAAUUUGGCCAACAGCAUAAUGACCACCAACAAUUUGGCCAACAAUACGCCAGUAACUUUAACCAGGGCUUCUUCCCGUAUCUUGGCAACCCUGAACUAUUACAAUACUUGUAAUUUAUAUAUAAAUUUGUAAAUUUACAUACAUACAUACAUACAUAAACUCACGCCCGUAAUCCCUAAUGGGGUGGGCAGAGCCACAAGUAAUCAAAGACAACUUGCAGCCACUGUUGAUACGAAUUCCAAAGAUGGAUAUGAUGAACCUAGUAAAUUUACAUUUUGUGUUAUUGCUAUUGGUUUGACAGAUUUGUCGUUACCAUUGCCAAAUCGUGUGGAUUUGCUUGUAUUACCUAUGUUUCGUGCAAUAAUUGAUACUUGUUAUGUUGUUACGAAUAAUUAAAAAAUCGUUAUUUUAUUAUGUUCCUAGUGAACUUAGGUUUAGUUAUUAUUGUCUUAAAAAGUCUCUUAGUAAUGCUAGUAUUUAAAGAUAAGUAAAUAAGUAAUGAACAUUUUAAUGGUACCAAGAAAACGUUUUGGUGUAAAUAUGACCUAGAUACGAUAAAAUAUAGAAUUUAAAGUAUAAUAUACAAAUUAAGGUAAAGUGUGUAUUUUGCGUAAACUCUAAUCCGCUUAUCAGUCUGGUUGUAUUCGCACAAAGGAAUCCCACGAAUCUCAAACCCUUGAAGCAAUGUUUUAGUACAAACUAAUUUAGAUAAGCUCUGUACAUACCUAUGUAAAUACGUGUAACCUUAACUUAGAACAAUUAAAACAUA